ACACAAUCGCCGCCCUGACAACGACAUUCCUUCCGCUGAUGAAAUGAAUAGCCCAAUACACUUGUCUCCAUGGGACCUCUUCAUGCUCUCCAUCCACUACAUCCAGAAGGGCCAUCUCUACCAAAAACGCACCCCCGACUUCCAUAUCGCCGAAUUCCUCCGCCGGUUGAACCAUGUCCUCUCCCUCACGCUCUCCCACUUCUACCCACUCGUAUGCCGCCUCGUCACUUCCGAAUCCCCACACGAAGACGGCUCCUACGUCGUCUCCCUCGAAUGUGUGAACAGUCCCGGAGCCCGAUUGAUCCACGCCGCCCCAUCGGUAGAGCUCCUCGAGCGCUCCAUCAACGACAAGUUCAGCUUCAACCCAGCUGGGAAAAUAGCUCUCUAUCCAAGCAAGAAGAUCAUCGGGUGUCGUCUCGUGACCAACAACAGGGGAAGGAUGAAUCCUCCCCUGCAUCCAGACUACUUCGGGAACUUGAUUAAUCCGAUGAGGACCUCAACCGCGGUGGGGGAGCUACUGGGGAACGAUUUGGGGUGGGCGGUGUGGCGGCUGCACGAGGCAGUGGUGGGGCACAUCGACGAGAAGAUCAGGGGGAUUUUGUCGUCGUGGUUGGAGGCGUUGGUGGUUUACCAGAUGGAGCAGGUGUUCGAUACAGAUAGUGUGAUGAUGGGGAGCUCGCCGAACUUGGAAGGAAUGCCGCUGCCGGGUCGG